AUGGGCAGAAGACUGUUCUGGUAUAAUAAUUGGUCACGAUUAGGGAGGAUACUGACGGUCACAGGAACUCGUGGUUUCAUUGAACUGGGAAUUCGUGAGGAUGCAACACUUGAAGAUGUCAUUCUACGACACCGUACGAGAAGGCGCCGUUACCCCAUUCUUAACACAGUUAAAGAGGUGAUAGCUGCUGUUAGUCAAGGGUACCGAGAAAAUGAGGAAGAUACAUAUCUCUGGAAAGUGAAGGAGAAUACGUAUAAGCCAGUAUUCAGGAUGCAUUCGACGAGAGAACAAAUCAGAAGUUCGGCACCAAAGGUUCCUUGGGCUGGAGGGACUUGGUUCACUCAUCAAGCUGGGCAUCUAGAAAUCAAGCUGUUGCGUUCUUGA